UACAGAGCGAAGAGGGAGAGCGCCGUCUCAUCCAGCAACUUAAGAGAGUCGGUUUGAGCACAUACAAGUACAGACCGGCCGAGAGGUUUGCUCUACAUGGCUUGUCUCCUUAGAGGAACUUACAACAUCUGCAGCAGCCUUCUUGCCUUUGGAUUUAUUAACGUGUUGAAUUGUGUAUUUUUCCUGGCUUUUUUUAAUGAAUAGCGCUUUAUUUUGACAUCCUACUUGCCUGCUUCCUAACCUAACACCCUUCUGGUCACCUAAACACCCAAUCCCCAAACCCCAUCCCACAACCAUCACCCCCUAACCCCACGACAUCACACAGCAACACCCCAACUCGGGCGGAUUCGUCUGUACUUCAUGGGGCUCUCUGCCUUGCUCGGAAGAUGCGGGUUUUUUCGCAGCUGAGCACUCCACUACCACUUGUGCAAGGAUCGGAGUUGCUGGUGCAUGUCUGCGUUUUCUGUCCGCGUCGCUUUUCUUUUGGAGGGACGCAGCUGAACUGAAAUGGGCUUCUCGGCGACAGCGCUACAAGAGCCUAGACGCCGGCAGCAGUGGAACAGGAGGACACUGGGAGAUAGGGUUUUUAUCGCCUUGGUAACAUUUAUAACGACUUUACCUGUUCACCAACUUCGCGCUUUCCCUACCUCCCUGAGCGACUGCCAAACACCCACAGGAUGGAACUGCUCCGGUUAUGAUGACCGAGACACUGACCUCUUUCUCUGCGACACAAACACAUGCAAGUUUGACGGGGAAUGUUUGAGAAUUGGAGACACUGUGACGUGCGUCUGUGAGUUUAAGUGCAACAAUGACUACGUGCCAGUGUGUGGCUCCAACAAUGAAAACUACCAGAAUGAGUGCUACCUGCGAAAAGAUGCUUGCAAACAGCAGACAGAAGUGCUGGUGGUGUCAGAGGGAUCCUGUCCUGUUGAUGCAGGAUCAGGCUCUGGGGAUGACGGGGGAGAGGGCUCAGGAGAGACCAACCAGAAGGAACCAUCCACGUGUGACAUCUGCCAGUUUGGUGCCGAGUGUGACGAGGAUGCAGAGGAUGUGUGGUGCGUCUGUAACAUCGACUGCUCCCACAUCAGCUUCAACCCUGUCUGCGCCUCUGAUGGCAAGUCCUAUGACAACCCAUGUCAGGUGAAGGAGGCCUCUUGUCAGAAGCAGGAGCGUAUUGAAGUGAAGUACCUGGGCCGUUGUCAAGAUGACAUGACCACAGGGGCAAAGACUGGGGAUGGCCAUUAUGCAAGAACGGAUUACACAGAGGAGAACACGAACAAACUAGAGGAGGCAGCAAGAGGCCUAUAUAUCCCCUGUCCAGAGCACUACAAGAACUACUGCGUUCAUGGCAACUGUGAAUAUCCCAGCGGUAUGCUGCCUCCUUCCUGCAGGUGUGACUCAGGCUUCAGCGGGCCUCAGUGUGACACCAAGGAGUACAACGUUCUGUAUGUGGUGCCAGGCUCAGGGAAGCUGCGCUAUGUCCUCAUCGCGUCCAUUAUUGGAGCUGUGCAGGUUGCCAUCAUCUGUGUGGUGGUAUUAUGUAUAACACGCAAAUGUCCAAGGAGUAACAGGAUAAACAGGCAGAAACAAAAUGCAACGCACUACAGUUCAGAAAACACAAUGCGAGCUUCAACCCGGCUCAUCUAAGGACCAUGCAAGAGUACUGAACCAAUGCCCCCCAAACCUGACCUCCCACCUCAACACUGCGGACUGCUCACAGCUGCGCAGGGGCAGGGGGGUGUCUCUCUGGACUGGGGGAGGAGCUACACAUGUUGCCUUGCAUUUGUGGUACACGACACCAAUGAAGACAUGAUACUAUGGCUAUAUUUGAUUAUGUAUGAAUAUAUUUCAAAUAGUUAUACAUUGUCUUGAUGGGGUUUUUUCUGUAAUGUAAAUAAAUAAUUUAUAUCACAA